ACACGCCGAGUUUGAUUUUUGAAUUGUUGCACUUCCUUUGCCUCCCGACACGUCACUGGAGCCAGUUGGAUGGAAAGAGUGAGAAAAUAAUAAGGACUAAUGGAGAGUUACCGUCAGAAUCAGGUGUGCCAGAGAGGCAGGGAAGCGAUCUGAGGACCUGUUGCAUCUAUGAGCCGUUGCUUGUGAGACUCUUGAGAGGUCUCAGGAUGGAGGAGCAACCAAGCUGCCCCAAUGUCAGCAUUCCCUGCUCCAAUGAGCAGAGAGACAAGAAGAAACGCUAUACUGUUUACAAAGUAAUUGUCAGUGUUGGAAGGCAUGAGUGGUUUGUGUUCCGGAGGUAUGCAGAAUUCGACAGACUGUACAACACCUUAAAAAAACAGUUUCCUGUUCUGAAUUUGAAGAUUCCUGCUAAGAGAAUAUUUGGAGACAACUUUGACCCAGAGUUCAUAAAACACAGAAGAGCGGGGUUACAUGAGUUUAUUCAGAAGAUUGUGUCCCAUCCACAGCUCUGCAACCAUCCGGAUGUCAAAGACUUUCUGCAGAUGGACAAAUCUAAAAACUUCUCUGAUGCCUCAGAGGAUGAAGAUGAUAAGAGUACCUCUACCUCGAGAAAUAUAAACCUAGGGCCAUCUGCAAAUCCACAUGCAAAGCCCACUGACUUUGACUUUCUUAAAGUCAUAGGAAAGGGAAGCUUUGGGAAGGUUCUUCUUGCAAAGAGGAAAUGGGAUGGGAAGUGUUACGCCAUCAAAGUCUUGCAAAAAAAGGUCAUUUUAAACAGGAGAGAGCAAAAGCACAUUAUGGCUGAACGUAAUGUGUUGCUAAAGAAUGUUAAACACCCCUUCCUGGUUGGACUGCACUAUUCCUUUCAGACAACAGACAAGUUAUACUUUGUCCUGGAUUUUGUCAAUGGUGGAGAACUUUUCUUUCACCUCCAAAAAGAGCGGACCUUUCCUGAACCCAGAGCGAAGUUUUACAUUGCUGAGAUGGCAAGUGCUUUGGGUUACUUACACUCUCUUACCAUUGUUUACAGGGAUUUGAAACCAGAAAAUAUCCUGCUGGACUCUCAAGGACAUAUAGUCUUGACUGACUUUGGACUGUGUAAGGAGGGCAUCUCUCAAGCAGACACAACGACCACAUUUUGUGGGACACCUGAGUAUCUAGCUCCAGAGGUACUCAGGAAACAACCCUAUGAUAACACUGUGGACUGGUGGUGUCUGGGUUCUGUGCUGUAUGAAAUGCUUUAUGGGCUGCCUCCAUUCUACAGCAGGGACACACAUGAGAUGUAUGACAACAUUCUUCACAAGGAACUUGUCAUGCGCCCCGGGGCAUCCACAGCUGCCUGGUCCAUCCUUCAGGCCCUGCUGGAGAAAGACCACACCAGGAGGCUUGGCUACAGAGAUGACUUUAAUGAAGUCACAGAACAUGAAUUUUUCUCAACAAUUAACUGGGAUGACCUUGAAAAGAAAAAGCUUCCUCCUCCAUUCAACCCUAGUGUGGAAUCCCAGUAUGACAUCUCAAACUUUGAUCCUGAGUUCACAGAGGAAACCGUGCCAAACUCUGUGUGCUUCUCUUCAGGGCAGUCAAUUGUCAAUGCUAGUGUUAUGGAAGCUGAUGAUGCCUUCCUGGGAUUUUCUUACGCUCCGCCGUCAGAAGAUUCUUUCCUGUAAGGGUGGUGGUGCUGCUAAUGGCGAUCCACAGAGAGCUGAAUGAAAUGUCUGUGAUCGCUCUCUCUGAUGAAAGGGAAGAAUUUGUUGAGCGCAAUGUCAUGAUCAGAGGGUGGACCUUUGUGUUUCCUAACAUAAGUUUUGGGAUGCAGCAUGCAGGGUGUUUCAAACUUUAUUUUUAUGCAUAAAUAAUAUUAUAUUUUGUGUAACAUUGAACGCCUUCUCUGAGAGUUUAGCUCAGGAGCUGAAGUAUUGAUGGUUUUUUGUUUUUUUUUCAUAAGAAUGAUUUUCAAGGGCUGAUGAUAUUUGUAAACAAAAUAUCUACUUUGACACAUUCCUUGUUUUGCCCCAACUCUUACACUUGAUUGCUUAAAUACUGUGCAGUAUAUGACCAAUUAUGUUCUUGUAGUUUAGUCUCUUAUCAGGAAUUAGCUAUGGAAAAAAUGUUCAUAUAAUGUCAACGCAAGCAAUAAAAAAAAUUGCUGAUUGACAAAUUAAUAUAUAUUGCAUUUAUACUGUUUAAUAUGUAUGAGUUAGAAAAUAGGCAGAAGCUGUUUCGAAAUCAAUUGUUUUCGUGUUAGAUUUUAAUGAGUUAAUAGCACUUAAAUACUGACAAUGACCCUGUAAUAAACCACUGUUUCAUUUCCCGCAUUUUUUGAUUAUGAGAUGAGACACCACAGUGCCUACUGACUUAUGAUACUGUACUGUACAGGUAAACAUUCUUGAAUUACUUGGCUGUCGCGUGAUGCCUCUCAUUUGCAUAUAUUUGCAUGUGUUAUGCUACUGGGCCAGAGCUUCGAGCCCAGUUACCAAGCUGUGAAAGUAAAUUUUAUAGAACAAUAUGAUAAUAAUGUUUUUAAAUAGAUGUGGUGCGUUACCAACUCAUUGAAUAAUAAAAUGUUUGUUCACAGGACACAUCUCAUUUGCAUAUAUUAUGAGCACGAGCUUCCCGCCCAUAUGUGUGUUAUCAUUAUUAAAGAAAGAAAUAAUAAAAUAUGUAAAUAUUU